CAUUCUUGUUCUUAUGCACUGCAGCCUAAGAGAGCUUGGGAGAGAGAGAAGAGAGAGAUCUGGAGAGGGGGGAGGAUUGGAUUUUUAGGGUGUAGCAGUUGUUGUUAGACUAGUACUAGCCGAUUGCGGAUUAGAAAUGGCGUCGAGAGCAGUUGUUCCACAACAAGGCAGAGGCGAGGCAGUGGUAGGAGUCGGAGGAGGGGCAGCUAAGGCGGUAAGUAAGAAGAAUGGUGCGGGGGAUGGGAGAAAUCGUAAGGCACUAGGAGAUAUUGGGAAUCUGGUAACUGUUCGAGGAGUUGAUACUAAGCCUAAUCCUAAUCGCCCCAUCACAAGGAGUUUCUGUGCGCAACUGCUUGCUAAUGCACAAGCUGCAGCCGCUGCUGAGAACAACAAGAAACAAGUCUGUGUUAAAGUGGAUGGAGCUCCUCCCGUUCUUGAAGCAGUGGCGGCGGCUAAAAGAAAUGGGGUGGUACCAAAGGCAGCGGUUCAGAAAAAGGCUACUGUGAAGCCCAAGAAGCCCCAAGAAGUUAUCGAGAUAAACUCGGAUACAGAUGAAGACGACGUCGUCAACAAGCAAGAGAAGCCUGUUGUAAACAGAAAGAAGGAUGGAGAAGGGCCUUCCAAGAAGAAGGCACCAACUCUUACUUCAGUCCUUACGGUUAGAAGCAAGGCUGCUUGCGGUUUGGCUAACAAACAUCCCAAGAAGGAGCAGAUUGUUGAUAUUGAUGCAGCAGAUGCUGGCAACGAGUUGGCUGCCGUUGAAUACAUUGAAGAUAUGUACAAGUAUUUCAAGUCAGUUGAGAAUGAGAACCGCCCUCAUAAUUAUAUGGACUCCCAGCCUGAGAUUAAUGAACAAAUGAGAGCUAUUUUGGUGGAUUGGUUGAUAGAUGUCCAUAGGAAAUUUGAACUUUCCCCUGAAACUUUUUACCUCACCGUCAAUAUUAUUGAUCGGUUCCUUGCGGUGAAGACUGUGCCAAGAAGAGAAUUGCAGUUGGUGGGCAUCAGUGCCAUGCUAACGGCCUCAAAAUAUGAAGAAAUUUGGGCUCCUGAGGUGAACGACUUUGUAUGCCUUUCAGACAGAGCUUACACUCACCAACAGAUUCUAGUGAUGGAGAAAACUAUACUGGGGAAGUUGGAAUGGACUCUGACUGUUCCUACCCCUUAUGUAUUUCUCGUUCGUUUCAUCAAGGCAUCAACUCCGGAGGACCAACAAGUGAAAAAUAUGGUCUUCUUUCUGGCAGAAUUGGGCAUGAUGCAUUACGCAACCAUUAUGUAUUGCCCUUCAAUGAUUGCUGCCUCGGCAGUCUACGCGGCUCGAUGCACCCUAAACAAGACUCCUACUUGGAAUGACACACUCAAGCUUCAUACUGGUUUUUCCGAAUCACAGCUAAUAGAUUGUGGAAAACUACUUGUAAGCUUGCAUUCAAAUGCUGCGAGGAGUAAGCUUCAGGGAGUUUUCAGGAAGUACUCUGUUUCAGAGCGAGGAGCUGUGGCGCUGCUUCCACCGGCAAAAACUCUCUUGCCCCAUGUUUAGUUUAAGUUUUGUUUUGUUUGAUGACAUUGCAAAUUGAAAUAUUGUUCACAUUUCUCAUGAUCACGUUUCUA